AUGGACGACUCAGAUCUUCAAGUAGGGGAUGCUAUUUCUACCUCUCUCUUAGAGGCAAUUGAAGGAUCAAAGUUGGCAAUUGUUGUUCUGUCGCAAAAUUUUGCUGCUUUUACUUUGUGUUUGGAGGAACUCACAAAGAUUUGUCAGUUCAUGGAAUAUGGCCCCAGAAUUCUUCCAGUUUUUUAUCAUGUCAACCCUAGUGAUGUGAGAUAUCAAAAGGGAAGUUUUCAAGAUGCUUUCACCAAAUAUGAAAAGUCUGGGCGAUACAAAUCAGAGAAGGUGAAGCAGUGGAGAGAUGCUUUAAGAAAAGUGGCCAGUUUGUCUGGGUGGCUUGCACAAGAUUACAACACUGAGACAGGAGUUUUCGAAGCCAUUAUGAAAUCUGUGUACAGUAAACUACAAUAUUUUGUGGUAUCCCAGAGCCCUGACUUGACAAAAGUUAAAGGCACAUUGGCGGGGACUUUCACUAAUUGGGAAAAGGGUGAUUUUCUCGGCAGCGGCAGUUUCGGGUCUGUGUUUGAGGGAAUUUCUAAUGGUGGAUGCUUCUUUGCUGUCAAGGAAGUUUCCUUGCUUGAUCAAGGAAGCAUGGGGAGGCAAAGAGUUCUUCAACUUGAACAGGUGAUAUUGGCUUGUAUUUCGGAAAUUGCUCUUUUGAGUCAGUUUGAACAUGAGAACAUAGUUCAGUAUUAUGGCACACAAAAGGAUGGAUCAAAGCUCUAUAUUUUUCUGGAACUUGUAACCAAAGGCUCCCUUCAAAAGCUAUAUCAAACGUACCAUCUUACAGAUUCGCAUGCCUCUGUAUACACGAGACAGAUCUUGCAAGGUCUGAAGUAUCUUCACGACCGAAAAGUGAUUCACAGGGACAUUAAAUGCUCAAAUAUUUUGGUGCAUGCUAAUGGAUCUGUGAAGCUUGCUGACUUUGGAUUGGCAAAGUCUAUCAGUUUGAACGACAUUAAAUCUUGCAAAGGAGCUGCAUACUGGAUGGCCCCUGAGGUCGUUAAUCGUAGAAGUAAAGGUUAUGGCCUUCCAGCUGAUAUAUGGAGUCUUGGAUGUACUGUGUUGGAGAUGUUAACUGGGAAGGUUCCAUACCAUAAUCUAGAAUGGAUGCAGGCAUUAUGGAAAAUUAGUAAGGGGACACCCCCUCUGGUUCCUGAUUAUCUCUCAAGCGAGGCACAACAUUUCAUCCAUCUAUGCUUAAAAGUUAAGCCAGAUGAUCGUCCCACUGCUGCUCAGCUUUUAAAACAUCCAUUUGUAAAUAAGCCCCUUCCUUAAAUAAGCCCCUUCCUCCCACAUCUUCUGGAUUAGUACCUUUUUAGAAUCACCACAGGUGGAGUUGAAAAGAUAUCUUGAGCUAUAAGUUGUGAUGGCAAUAAGUUACUCCACUGAUUUCCCACUGCUUCAAAGUGCUCAUCACAGGAUUGUAAUGUUACUGAGUUGGUUGCUUGGAAGAGCUUGGCCUGCUUUGCAGUCUGGUUUGUAUUCAAUCUUUGGAUGAUAGAGACGGACAAACACUUACAGAUAUCUUUCCAAACUUCGGAAAGGCAUUUCCAUACUAGAGCAAAGAUCAAGUUCUUGCUAUUUGGAGACUUUUAAUUGAAAAAUCUCUCAUGACACAAUGAAAUCAAGUACCCAUGCGUUUUGCGAGGGCCAGAAGAUCCUUGGAGCAAUACAACGUACUGAGUAUAUGACUCACCUACUUCUAACCAAUCAUCAGUAUGUAAUUUUAUAAAAAGGAUGGAAGCCUUCCAGAAUUAAUUAAGUGACUGAGGUUCCCUCCUUUACAUGACAAUGUUAAUUUUGAUGAUCAAUUUGGAUUCGUUUUGUACAAAUUCACAAUAUAAUGCAAUUUGUAUGUCUUAAGAGUAAACACAUGUUUACAUCUCUUUGUGAACUUUGUGUUCAUAGAUCGAGACCUAAAGUCUCUUGAUCGAAUCAUAGAGAUCUGAA